AUGGCCAACACGGUAUCCAAAGAACUCGUUAACCGCAUCGUCGCCAGUAUUCCGAACGAUGACCGCGACACCCUCAUGUCAUGCUCACUGGUGGCGCCUGUUUUCCGAGACGCAAGCCAGCGCCGCCUGCUCGGCCAGCUAUCGGUCUGCUCUCUCGAUGUCAAGGACAAGCUUGCGACACAUCAUACCUUUGCGGAAGUUUCUGUGCGCUUUACAACAUCCCCGCGCCUCGCCACGCACGUCACGAUUGUCAGACUUGCGCUUGGUGCUGAAGUAGCCAAAGAGGAGCGGCGGGAGGCAGAGUCGGUCUUUACCUGGCUGAAGCAAUUACGGGAGGUCUACAUCGAGGGCUACUGCCUGCAGACCCGGACCCUUGCAGAAGCCAAGGCCGCGCAGAAAUGCCGCACCCUGGUCAAACUAGAAGUCAUUGAAUGGGCAUUGGACACUGUGGGGCGCGAGCAGCGUUCCCUAAGGAGUGUCACUCUGUCAGAGUUGACAUUAACUCCAGCGCUCGUGGAUAAAGCCGUAAAUAUGGCUCCGUCGGUCGCCUUCCAGUCGGUGGAGCCUGAGUUGAACGACUGGACAAAGGGCAUUCCAACCCCAUCAGUGCCAUCAAGCCUUGCAGAGCUCUCUAUCUCGCAAAGUUCUGCGAUCACAAAGUAUUUCUUUGGAAGCCAAAUGCAACCAACGCUGCCAAAUCCCGGGUCGCUCCGUGCUCUCACACUAGACGGUCACGGGGAAGACAACCGAUCCAAUAUCGAAAAUGCGUGCCGACACACGGCAAAGACGCUCGAGGAGCUCAACAUAUUCAAUAGCGAUGUCCCUGAGUUCCGUGUGGGCGCCAAGUCUAAGUUGCGCCCCGUGUUCCCGGCAUCGUUUCCACAUCUCAAAAAGCUGCAAAUGCAUAUAAGCAUUCCCGGUGGCUCCAAGUGCCCGCUGCCCGCCGCCAUCGCGGCCCUGCUCACGCCAGAUGCCACACCACUGCUCGAGGAAGUGGUGUUUUCAUUUGCCUAUACGAUCUGCGACCAGCCCGGCGACCUGCCGUUCGUGUUCACCACGGACACCUCGAAGAGACUGGAUCGGUCCCUCAUCAGGCAUCCGCGUCUCAAAAGCGCGGAAUGGGACAUGAUGUGUUUAUAUUACGGUGAUGACAGCACAACGUUCCCGCCACCCGAGGACUACCUUGCUGCGUUCUCGCAAAAGCUCAGCCGCGCCUUGCCGCGCGCAUCACGCGCCGGAAUUGCACGCGUCGGCGGAGCAGGUGUCGAUUUGGGCGCUGUUGGCUUUGUGUAA